UAUUUAGAAAUGAUAUGUUGCAGGGUAGGGGUGUAUCUACUUCAAAAGAUAAAUUCCUCAUCUUUUAAGGGCUCCUCCCCUCCAGCUCACACAUGGGGAGAGAAAGUUAGUCACGAAACUCAGCGGCCAAAAUCCUACACGGAACCUCCCACCAACUAUAUAGCACUGACCCAUCUACUUCAAAAAGGUGAAUUCCUGUCCCUCCCCGCCGCCCCACAGAGGUUAGUCACGGAAUCAAGUGCCCAAGGAUCCUACACGAACCUCCCACCGACUGUAUAACACCGACCCAUCUACUUCUUUGUAUUUGUCGUCGUUCUGGACCAGAUCCACAUUAAAUGGCUCUAUCAAUUCCGCCCGUCGGAAAGCUCCAAGGGAAAGUCGCCAUCGUCACUGGCGGAGCCAGCGGCAUCGGCGAGGCCACCGUCCGCCUCUUCGCCAAACACGGCGCUCGUGCGGUCGUCAUCGCCGACAUCAUGGACGACAAGGGCCAGAAGCUCGCCGAAGCCAUCGGCUCAAGCCAAAGCCCCUGCGCCUACCGCCGCUGCGACGUCACCGACGAGGACCAGGUCAAAGCCGCCGUGGUGUGGACGCUCACGACCUACGGCCAGCUUGACGUCAUAUUCUGCAACGCCGGCAUCGUGAGCCCCUCCGGCCAGACUUUGCUGGAGCUCGACUUCCCCGAGUUCGACCGGCUCAUGGCGGUGAACGCUCGCGGCGUGGCGGCGUGCGUGAAGCACGCGGCCCGUGCCAUGGUGGAGCGGCGCGUGAGGGGUAGUAUAGUGUGUACGGCGAGCGUGGUGGCCAGCAAGGGCGGAUGGAAGCACACGGACUACAUCAUGUCGAAGCACGCAGUUCUGGCGCUGGUCCGGGCGGCGAGCCAGCAGCUUGGCGUGCAUGGGAUUCGGGUGAACUGUGUUUCUCCGUUCGUGGUGGCAACGCCGCUGAUGUGUGAUUUCAUGGGGAUGAAGGCGGAGGAGCUGGAGGAGAUGUACGCGCCGUAUACUUCAUUGAGAGGGACGCCAUUGAGGCCCGGAGAUAUCGCCGAUGCGGUGCUCUUUCUGGCUUCGGACGAGUCGCGAUUCGUGUCUGGCCACGACCUCAAGGUGGACGGCGGGUUCGAGACUUGGUGAUCGGUAAAUAUUUAAGAUUGAUGAUAGGUUAGUUUGGUGGAAAUGAAUACUGUUUUUCAAAAUAAAAUUGGCCUCUGGUUCCUCUGCCUUUGUAUC